AAUGCAACCAGUCCAACCAAUUGCAGAAGGAUAACGCACUAGAACUAUCUACACUUUAAUUAAAGAUUAAAAAUACAAAGAUGCCAUCAGUUAUUUGAAUUAUGAAUUACAAUUCUGUCCAAAAAGUAGAGCACUUUCACUUUUAGCAUAUUGUCAUUAUAUGAAUUAAGAUUUUUCAUAAGCUGUAGCUAUGUAAAUAUUAUAUUCUCUAAUCUAGUUAUGAACAAUUAGUCAAAUAUUAUCCAGAAAUUGAUGAUUAUAAAAUCUAUUUAGCUCAAUCCUAUUACAAAGAUAGUAAACAUUUAAUUCAUUUUCAAAUAUAGGUCUCUAUGAUGAAGCCCUUAAGAUUUGUGCUUCUGUUGAAAACCCUCAAUAUUAAGGCAAAAUCUUGUAAUUACAAGCUUUAAUUCGAUAUGAGAAGAAUGAAUUUCAACAUGCAAAAACAUUACUCAAAUAAAAUGAUAUGGAUGAUCCUGAUUCAAUAAUAAAUGAAGCUUGUAUUCUAUUUAAAGAAAAUAAAUUUGAAGAAGCAAGAUAAAGAUUUUAAGAUGCAAUGAAUCUAACAGGUUAUUCUUGUGAAUUGUCAUAUAACAUUGCACUUUGUUAUUAUAAAUAAAAAUAAUUGGCAUAAUCAUUGAAAUUCAUUGCAGAAAUUAUUGAAAGAGGAGUAAGAGAACAUCCAUAAUUGGGUGUUGGAUCAAAUGCUGAAGGAAUUGAAGUUAAAAGUGUUGGAAAUUCAUAAGCAUUAAAAGAAUCAGCUCUAAUUGAAGCUUUUAAUUUAAAAGCUGCAAUUGAAUAUACAAUUAAAAAUUAUUCUGCUGCCAAAGAAGCUUUAAUUGAUAUGCCUCCAAGAGAAGAAGAUGAAUUAGAUCCAGUCUCUUUAAUGAAUUAAGCAUUAAUGAAUAUAGAAGAGAAAACAGCUGAAGGAUUUAAAAAAUUGAAUCAUUUAUUAUAAAAUCCUCCAUUUCCACCUGAAACUUUUUCAAAUCUAUUAUUAUUGUAUUGCAAAUAUGGAUAUUUUGAUAUGGCUGCAGAUAUCUUAGCAGAAAAUGCUGAUCUCACAUUUAAUACUAUCAGUUAAGAUGAUUUUGAAUUUGUCGAUGCUCUCAUAUUAACAGCUAGUAGUCCAGAGGAAUCAUUCAGAAAAUUCUAAAUAUUAUCUAAUAAACAUAUUGACACACUUAGAAGAAUUACAAAAUCAAUUUAAGAUGCACGACUCAAUAGAGAUAAUGAAGGUAUAAAGAAAUCAUUGAAAGAUUUUGAUGAAUGUCUUGAAAAAUAUAUUCCUGUUUUAAUGGCUUAGGCUAAAAUAUAUUGGGAUAAAGAUAAUUAUUAAUAAGUUGAAAAAUUAUUUAGAUAAUCAGCAGAAUUUUGUGCAGAUCAUGAUGUUUGGAAAUUGAAUGUUGCUCAUGUUUUUUAUGUUUAAGAUAAUAAAUAUAGAGAAGCAAUUAGAUAUUAUGAACCAAUUGUUAAAAAAAAUAAUGAUAAUCUAUUAUCAUUAACAGCAAUUGUAAUUGCUAAUUUAUGUGUCAGUUACAUUAUGGUUAAUUAAAAUGAAGAUGCUGAAGAAUUAAUGAGAAAAUUAGAAGCUGAAGAAUAAAAAUCAUAAUAUUCUGAACCUGAUAAACCUGUUUAUCAUCUUUGUAUUGUAAAUUUAGUCAUUGGAACAUUAUAUUGUUCAAAAAAUAAUUAUGAAUUUGGUGUUUCUAGAGUUAUCAAAUCUUUGGAACCAUAUAAUAAAAAAGUAGAUAUAUUUAUAUAUAUUAUAGAUUAACACAGACACAUGGUAUUAUGCUAAAAGAUGUUUCCUUGCACUUAUUGAAGUACUAGCAAAACACAUGAUUAUAUUAAAAGAUACAUCUUAUAGUGAAAUAUUGGAUUUCUUAGAUGCAGCUGAUUCUUGUGGUAAAGCAAUUCCAUCUGUAAUUAUAUAAUAUUAUAUUUAGGUGAUCAAUCCUCUUGAGUAGAUGGAUGAGAAACAUACAGUCUCUUAUGAAGCAAGAAUGAUCAAGAGAAUGUUUUUGAAAUUAAGAACAUGA